UUGAGCCCAAAUCCUCAUGUCCCCCUGGUAGUGGGGCUCAGCGCAGACAGACGAAGGACUGCAGGGCUGCUCGGACCCAUCAGAUUGGAACCCACCCUAGUGAUGAUCUCCCAGGCAGAUACCCUCUUCCGAACCCGGGAUGUAGGGCUUUGAAACUAGAAAAUGCCAGGUCUGAGAGAGAGGAGAGAACAAGCCCAGCAACACACAGAGCUCUGUGUAUUCAGAGGGAACUUGGCAGGGUUGUGUUCGGGCAGAGAAACUCCGAGUGGUACAAAGGGACGUGCCCAGAGUGGAGAAAUCAUGCUAAUUGUCUGCACCAGAGCUGGAGAACGCCACCCAAAAUGAAGAGAGAAAGGGAAGCCCUGUCCAGAGCCUUCAGUGCCCUGCGCCUCGCUCCCUUUGUCUACCUGCUUCUGAUCCGGACAGAGCCUCUGGAGGGGGUGAACAUCACCAGCCCCGUGCGCUUGAUCCACGGCACAGUGGGGAAGGCAGCGCUGCUUUCCGUGCAGUACAGCAGCACCAGCAGUGACAAGCCCGUGGUAAAGUGGCAGCUGAAGCGGGACAAGCCAGUGACCGUGGUUCAGUCCAUUGGCACAGAGGUCAUUGGCACCCUGCGGCCUGACUAUCGGGACCGAAUCCGCCUCUUCGAAAAUGGCUCCCUGCUGCUCAGCGACCUGCAGCUGGCUGAUGAGGGCACCUAUGAGGUUGAGAUCUCCAUCACCGAUGACACCUUCACUGGGGAGAAGACCAUCAACCUCACUGUGGAUGUGCCCAUUUCGAGGCCGCAGGUAUUAGUGGCUUCGACCACAGUGCUGGAGCUCAGUGAGGCCUUCACCCUGAACUGUUCACACGAGAAUGGCACCAAGCCCAGCUACACCUGGCUGAAGGAUGGCAAGCCUCUCCUCAAUGACUCGAGAAUGCUCCUGUCCCCCGACCAAAAGGUGCUCACCAUCACCCGUGUGCUCAUGGAGGAUGAUGACCUGUACAGCUGUGUGGUGGAGAACCCCAUCAGCCAGGGUCGCAGCCCGCCCAUCAAGAUCACAGUGUACAGAAGAAGCUCCCUCUACAUCAUCUUGUCCACAGGUGGCAUCUUCCUCCUCGUGACCUUGGUGACAGUUUGUGCCUGCUGGAAACCCUCCAAGAAGUCUGGGAAGAAGAGGAAGCUGGAGAAGCAAAACUCCCUGGAAUAUAUGGAUCAGAAUGAUGACCGCCCGAAAGCAGAAGGUGAGCUCCCAGCCACCCACUCACCCAUCCCAUCUUCACUCAGAUCAGUGGGCUGCUGGGAAAAGGCAGAACUGGGCGACAAGGAAGCCAGCUCUGCAGGGCCCCUUCCUCCACCAACUGCACGAAGACUGCAGAGCAGGGAGAGGAGCGCCCAAGCAGACACCCUCCCACGAAGUGCAGAGCAGGAGCGGAAGAACCCCAUGGCACUCUACAUUCUGAAGGACAAGGACUCCCCGGAGUCCGAGGAGAACCCCGCCCAGGAGCCUCGGAGCGCGACAGAGCCUGGCCCGCCCGGCUACUCCGUGUCGCCCGCCGUGCCGGGCCGCUCGCCUGGGCUGCCUAUCCGCUCCGCCCGCCGCUACCCGCGCUCCCCAGCGUGCUCCCCCGCCACCAGCCGGACGCACACGUCGCCGCCUCGGGCUCCGGGCUCACCGGGCCGCUCGCGCAGCGCCUCGCGCACACUGCGGACUGCGGGCGUGCACCUGAUCCGCGAGCAGGAGGAGGCCGGCCCUGUGGAGAUCAGCGCCUGAGCCUCCGGGGCACCCCCGUGAGGCGCCUGCACACGCCGCUCUCCCGGGGAGGGACAGGGAUGAGGGAAGGUCCCCGCCCGGAGUGAGGGUCGGGCUAGUGGACCAAUGUGAGCAUGCGCAGUUGGGGGACUCGGCAGGGCAGUGGAGACUGGAUCUGAUUAGCUGAGUUGCAAUUGCUCCCAGUUCUCUGGCUGUGUUCUCAGUGGGUGUGGGUUGUGCCCUCCUAGGACCGUAUAGAUUAUUAAAUUUCUGGCCCAAUCCCCCAAGGGUCUUAUGGAAACUAACAUCAGUAACCUAACCUCUUUGACUACCCUGUUCCGUUCCUAGGGCGCUCUCUUGAUUCCCACCUGUUUCCCUUAGCUGGGAACUGACUCCUGGCUCCUGGGGCGCUUUUUUUGGACAAGCCCAGAUCAGUGAGGCCACUUGCCCCAGUUGCACAACUGUCCCAAAUAGAAGUCAAAUACCCUUUACCGGGUGUACAGAGGGCUGUUCUGAGCAUCUGGGAAUCACUGUGAAGACACUGCCUUGGAGCACCCUUUUCAGGCAUCUGGUAACUGAGUAUCUACCAGUUGGUGAGGGAGGAGCUCAAAUACAUUACUUUGCUGCUCCCCGCCUCCCCAUCGGGGUUCUAGCAAGGGCAAAGGAUUCAGGCCUCCCACGCUUGACCUCUUCCCACAGCCUCUCUCAGUGGCCUGCCCAGCAUUCUUUUCUUCUCUAGGGAAUAGAGAAGGGGCUUCUCACUCAUUCCCCAGGCUCAGAAAGCUACAGCAAAAGAUCUUUUAACCCCUCAUACCUAUGUCUUCUCCCUGGCUUUGUAGAAAGCCUUUCAAACAAUCAUACUGGGAAAGGUGGCUGGGCUUCCUUCAGCUGUAAGAAAAUAAAGUUCAACUCUCCCCAGAAAUGGUAGUGGGAGGAGAAGGCUUAUCCAGACCCAGGGUGUCUUGGAGACAUGAUCCAACCCUUGGUCUCUGGCCUCUCACCUGCCCUGCUCUCAGAUGCUCAGAGCCAGGGAGACUGGACAAGUGCAGACUCCCUAUUCACACAAACAUCAAAAUGCCAAAUGGUUGGUCCACUGUGUGGCUAGGCCAUGCCCAUGCCACCGCCUCUUGAACAGUUUGUAGGAAAGACAAUAAUCUACUGUGUGAGGAGAGAGGGCAGUUAAAAAACUGAAAGAAAAGGAGUCCCUCUGUGUGUUCUGACUUCUCUUCCCUGAUGCCUCUAGGGCAUCCUUGGCCCCUCCCCAGCUUCCUAAGCUCCAGCUCUGACUCUGUACCAUCCCACAGAGCACUGUGCUGUUCCCCACUAUUCCACACUGGGUCAAGUUUUGUCCCAGCCCCAAGGGCAACAACGUUUCUGAUUGGCCCCCCCUCCACCCUUAAUUGGAUGUCGUGCCCUUCCCAGCUCCCCAUCCCUGUGCACAUCUCCAGGCUCAUCCGAGCAAGUGUGCUUUUGCAGCUCCCCUUCCUUAGCCAGAACUACUCCCCUCACUUUCCCCCGUCCCUUCUCCAGGUGAUAAUGCACUCAGGGGAAAGUUGCUCUGGCAGGUGGGAGAUGCAGGACUUAAGAGUACAUGCUGUCAGCCUUGAGAGGCAAGGGUAAAGAUUGAAGUGAAAUGAGGGCAAGUUGUACUCCCAGCCCUGGUGCUGCAUCCCUGAGGGGCCAGCUUCCCGCUCUCAAGCCAAAUCUGCCUUAAAUCGGGGGUAGGGGGGUUGGGGGGUAUAAGCAAUGAAGUGGUUUUGUUUUUGUUUUGUUUGAUCUUCAUCUUUGUAUUACAGGCAUCUAGCAGAGUGCCUAGCACA